AUGACAGGCCUCACACUGGCUGACCACGAGGUGUCCGAGGCUUCCAAGCAGAUUGCGGAGGAUCACAAGAACCGUGCAAAUGAAGCCUUCAAAGCCAAGCACUACCAGGAAGCGGUGGAUGCAUACACAGCGGCCAUUGAUGCCAAUCCACGGAAUGCUGUGUACCUGAGCAACAGGGCCUUUGCCAACCUGCGGCUUGAGAACCUGGGGUCUGCCCUGGCAGAUGCCAGUGCCGCCAUCGAGCUGGAUCCCACAUAUGCCAAGGCCUACUACCGGCGAGGGGAUGCAGCGUUUGCCCUGGCUCACUUCAAGGAUGCUCUCGCAGAGGCUGAGAAGCAAUUGAAACGUGCAAGAUUUGAAGAAGCGCUGAGUCAGCCUGAUAAUGACGUGCCGGUCUCCGAUACCAUUGUGUUGGAUGACGUCGCCAUUGAUAGCAGCUACUGCGGGCCCGCCCUCCCCACCGACGAGAACGGCGCCUACUUCAUAAACCUGGAAUUCAUCGAGAGCAUGCUGGAGGCCUUCAAGCGGGGCCAAACUCUUCACCGGCGCUACGUGCUGUGGAUUGUGCUGGAGGCGCAGCGCCUGCUCAAGGCUCUGCCCUCGCUGGUGCACGUGGACGUCCCCGCCGGCUCCCACAUCACCGUCUGCGGCGACACGCACGGCCAGUUCUUCGACCUGCUCCGCAUCUUCCAGCUGGGCGGCGCCCCCUCCGAGGCCAACCCCUACCUCUUCAACGGCGACUUCGUGGACCGCGGGUCCUGGAGCAUGGAGGUCAUGCUCACCCUGCUAGCCCACAAGUGCCUGUGCCCCGGCGCCAUGCACCUCACGCGCGGCAACCACGAGGCCAAGUCCAUGAACCUGAUCUACGGCUUCUACGGCGAGGUGCGCGAGAAGUGCGGCCCCACAGCGGUGGAGGUCUUCCGCGAGACCUUCUGCUGGCUGCCGCUGGGCUACGUGCUGCGGGACACCGUCCUCGUCCUGCACGGCGGCCUCUUCUCCGACGACGGCGUGCGGCUGGACGAGCUGGCAGCCAUCCAGCGCUACCGGGAGCCGCCGGAGGCGGGGCACAUGUGCGAGAUGUUGUGGAGCGACCCCAAGGACACGCCGGGACGCGAGCCCAACAAGCGCGGCGUCGGCAUCGCCUUUGGCCCGGACGUCACCCGCGCCUUCCUGCAGGACAACGGCCUGUCCCUGCUGGUCCGCAGCCACGAGGUCAAGGAUGAGGGGUAUGAGGUGGCACACGACGGGUACUGCAUCACCAUCUUCUCGGCGCCAAACUACUGCGACCAGAUGGGGAAUAAGGGUGCCUUUAUCCGGUUCAAGGGCGAAGACAUGGUGCCCGCCUUCACCCAGUUUGAGGCGGCCCCGCACCCAGAUGUCAAGCCCAUGAAGUAUGCUGCCAGCAUGAUGAACGGCAUGUUUGGCAUGUGA